CCACACCCACAAAAUAAAAGUGCCCCCCUUUGAUAUGCUUUGACGGGGGCUAUCGGGGUAUCUUUGUCUCUGUAGCCGGGCACAGACAGGGUUAGCGUUCCCGCUGUGGGUUGGUCUGUGUUUUUUGGGUACGUGACGCUCUGUCUUAUUGCUCCAGGAGGCGGAAUGGGGCAGUUCUCUGGGCCACCGCCCAUCACUCUGAGUCAGCUCCUGGAGGUGGUUGAGUUGCGUCUGACCUGCGCCAGCUGCAGCAAGAGGCAGAAAGAGGACACUUACACCGUGCAGCCCGCAGGUCACGACUGCACCGGGAGUCAGCUCCUCGCCAAACGCAAGAAUGGGAACGCCGAUGAGCUGUGGCGAUUAGUCAAGCGGCGGCCAUCGUUCCCCGUGCCGGCUCGUUACUCCGUGUGCUGGUACUACCAACCCGGGAAGGGCUGCACCAAACACCGGCAGCGGUGCACGUUCGCCUGGAACGAGGAGGAGAGGCUGGUUUGGGCGUUCGAGAAAUCAUGUGACCUGGACAGGAGCCAAUUAAAGGCCAUAUUGUUGCCUACAAAGUCCACAGGUACCGCACUGCGGGCGCCCGCCAGUUGGGAAGACAUCCUGGAAGAGUUUGGAGGUGACUUCCAGGAGGUGUGCGAGUCGUGCUUCUACCAAAGCCCACCCAAGGUCACCCUCUGCAUCAAGUGCCGCACUCACCCGCGGCCUGUACCGCUCCUGGCACACAUGGAGUUCAGUGAACACAAGAAACAAUGUCACGCCAUUCGCCAAAAGCCCCACAUACAGCCGCUGCGCCUGUGCAGGCUGCCUUCGCGGGGUCUUCUGUGUCCGCUGGAAGCGGGGCAUUGCCCGUAUGCCCACAGCCUGGUGGAAUUGGCCGUGUGGAAGGCGGAACAAGAGUUUGGGCUGAGUCGGGGGCAGGUGGUGCGACGGUCAGAGGUGGACGUGGGUUUUUACUGCCGCCUGUGCCUGGUCAGCGCCUCCACGCAGGAGGGAUUCGAGGUGCACUGCGCCUCUCUGGAGCACCGGCGGAUGAUGGCCGCCGACUCGCUGACCGUGUGGAACCACCGAGCGCCACCAAUAAACAUUAAAGACGUUGCCCUGUGUGAAAGCCCCCAGCCCUGUGUCUAUGGGAACGUCUGCCCCAAAGCUCACAGCAAAGAGGAGCUGGAGGAAUGGAUGAUGAGGAUGAAGGUCGGCAAACGGAACCGGCAGGUGGCCGAGGCGGAAGGUCUGCAGCCCUACCAGGACCGCCUGAUACAGGAGUACCAGCUGUACAGCGCCGACAUGCAAGUGCUGUCAGAAGAAGUUGAAGGGGUUAAAAUUUCGUCUGACCUCCCCCUGAGGGUCCUGGCCAAAGAAAAGCCAGCAAAAAGAACAUGGACGUUUACCGUGCAUACCAAGAUGCCUCUCCUGCAUGUGGCUCUGUUGAAGAUGGAUCCCGGCGCUUCCUUCUCGUUGGUGGCAUGUGGCAUCCCAAAACCUUGUAAUUAUGCCAGAGGCAGCAGCUUCCAACGAAAAUCUCCCAAGACUCUGAGUUUCGAAGUCAAGGUGCUGGUAGAGUGCGCUGUAUUCGGUCUUUUUGAGCAGUGGCUGGCGCUGGAUUUCGGAACACGUCCCGUUUUGGUGCAGAAGAUCUUCCUGCAGGUUGGUGGCCAGACUGAUGCCGUAUUCCCUGCGCAAAAUACUUCUUGUCAAGAGACAGAGGCAUUGCCGCCAGCCGAGCGGUGGUACUCUGGCAAGAAGCUCUUCGUCCCGUGCAAGGAGAGGACUCAGGAGGAAAAGCAACUCGGCGAAUUGUAUAAACAGCCGGCAGUGAACGUGAAUCAUCGGCACGAGUCAACGGACACUCCGGCAUUCACUGCUCAGAACUACCGUAAGCGCAUGCACGAGUGGCUGCUCCAAGAAGAGGCAGCAAGGGAACAGGUCCUAUCCAGGCUAAAUAUGAGAGUCUCUGUGACCCUAAGCAAGAUGAUGAACACCUCGAUGGGGAUGAAGUUUUGUUCAGAAGGUGAACUGUUUGGUGAGGUUCCUCUCCCGCCCGGCAUAACGCAAGACACCGAAGAGGGCUACCUUCUCCAUCGUUCUGUGGACACUGCCCUUCUUGCUCUGUUCCCACCACAAGAUGACAAGGUGUACGAGGUGUGUGUAGAUAGCAGCGCUGGUCUGGAGAGAAGUGUCUUGCUCCAGAUUCCGGAGCGGUGCUGCCGUGAGUUGGCUCUGGAGAAGGAAACCGCACCCCAGAUGGAGAUCCAGUUCCAGCUGAAUCGGUUUGAGUUCUGUGUUAACCACGACGCGGUGGACCGGCUGCUCGAUGUGAAGCUUCUGUUUCCAGAGUUGAGCAAAUGCUGCCCUCCCACCACGAAGGAGAAGCUAAGUUGGGGCAACUCAAAGCAGCGACGGGCUGCCUCUUACAUCAUAGGAGCUGUACCAGAGGGGAAGCCGGUGGCCCCUCUCCUUAUCUACGGCCCCUUUGGAACAGGAAAAACAUAUAUAAUGGCCAAAGCAGCUUUAGAGGUGGUCAAAAAGCCGGGGACCCGGGUGCUGAUCUGCACACAUAAUAACAGUGCUGCAGACCUCUAUGUUCGGGAACAUUUCCACGCAUACGUCGAGUCCGGCCACCCAGAAGCCAAGCCUCUGAGAGUGAAGUACAUCCAAAGCCCACUCAACAGGACGGAUCUCAUUACCCUGCAGUACUGUCCAGUAAAAGAUUCUGCCUUCUUCUUUCCUGAUCUAGGCUACCUAGAGCAGUACCGUAUCAUCGUGACCACGGCGGUCACCUCCCGGGACCUGGCCGUAUCACGGGGCUACUUCAGCCACAUAUUCCUGGAUGAGACUGCCCAGAUGCUGGAGAGCGAGGCUUUGAUCCCUCUAGCUCUUGCUGACAAAAUGACCCGUAUAGUUAUUGCCGGAGACCACAUGCAGGAGACCCCCAGACAGUUCUCCUGGGGAAAGACAAAUUUUCACGAAGAGCACACUCUACUCACCCGCCUAUUCUCACAUUACCAGAGAGAAAAUAGCCCCACGGCCAAAGCCGCCCGCGUCAUCUUUCACCAAAACUACCGCUCUGUACCAGCUAUCAUCUCAUUCGUCUCUCGCUGCUUUUAUGUUGGCCAAGAUGACGCUAUAGAGGCCUGUGGAACCGAGGCAACGGCUCCCCCUGCAGAUCGCCACGCGCUCGGGCUUUGCCACGUACAUGGAUCUUGCACGCGCGACGGGAGCUCUUGGGUGAACCAGGCCGAGGUGCUGCAGGUGUUGGAGGUGGUCAGAGACGUUCUUAAUCGGUGGUCCGAGAGCUGGGGUGCAACCAGGAGGAGCAGCAUCUGCGUCUUGUCUCAAGGGAGUCAGGUGAGAUUAAUACGCCAGGAGCUGCGCAAAAUAAAGCUCUCUGAUGUCACAGUGACGAACUACACCGACAUCAUUGGUCGUGAAUUCCAGGUUAUUAUCCUGAGCACAGUCCGUUCCGUGGAUAGCCUUUCAGCUGCCUCCGCUGCAUCGUCUAACUUCACCCUAGACGUUUUCUGUGACCCGAGAGUCCUCAACACUAUCCUGACACGAGCACGUUCUCAGAUCAUCGUGGUUGGAGAUAUGGUGGCCCUGUGCUCUUUCGGUUAUUGCAGUCGUAUCUGGAGACGUUACGUCCGUGAGAGUGUGGAAAAAGGCAGCGCCUCGCCACCCGACCUCAGUGUUGAAGAGAUAAAGCAAGCGGCCUGCAGCCUACAAGCCUGGCAGGGACGGCAGGAUGACGAAGAGGAGGCAGAGGACAGCGACUCCUGGAUUUCCGACCCGGACAUCAACAUGGAAGAUUCCAUUCUUCAAGAGCUGUUGAACAGCAAAACAGAAGCCAUUGUGACGGUGACGGAUGAGGGAAUGAUGGAAGUCUGUUCAGUAAAUGUUUCUGAUGAGAAGCAUCAACACAAAAGAGAAGUAUACACCGAUUUCCCUCUGCCCACGCUCAAGCAGUUGCUGCAGUCCCAUCCCAAUGACUACAAAAGAUGUCUGCUGGUCAAGAAGUCUUUCAAUUCUGGUUACGCUCUGACCCUUGAUGAUCGUCCCCGUCAAAUACCAAUUGAAGGCCGACUGAACUGUGGUCUGGCGUUUAGUGGAGACGAGGUUCUUGUCCAACUCCCGCGUGGCACUGAUCCACAGGCAGGGAAGGUGGUAGGACUGAUGAAGACAAGGGAAGACUGUCGCCGCUUUGUCUGCUUUAUGGAUCCACAUGAUAACAGUAUCAUGGUUCCCAUAGAUAGAUCGAUCACUAAAAUCUUUUGCCUGAUGUUGAAAGAGAGACCUGGUCUUUUGCCGAUACGUAGCUUUAGCAAUGGUCAAAUCAAGACUCAUACGUUAGAGAAGGUGACACCCGAGAUGAAGAGCAAGCGACUGUUCCUGGUGCAAGUGGUAAAGUGGACGAAGGAAUUCACCUUUCCAAUGGGUAUUGUAAAUUGCAUCCUUCCCGUAAUCAACACUACGGAAGAAGGACUCAAUGUUUUGGAUCUGGAAUUUAGACUGGACAGUCCUGAAAAGUACCCUGAAAAAGCAACCAAAGAAGCUAAGAAGAUUCUGUCCCGCACGCUGCUCAAUGAAGGGCGCCAAGAUUGUCGCAACCUCAUAACCUUUACCAUUGACCCUGCUUCUGCCAAGGAUUUGGACGAUGCCAUCUCUGUACGGGAGCUAGGAGACCACUAUGAGAUAGGGGUUCACAUCUCUGAUGUGGCCACCUUGGUGUCUCCGGGAAGUGAGUUGGACAAAGAGGCAAAUGCCCGCGGUGUCACCUUUUACCGCCCGGAAGCUGAAGCUAUUCACAUGCUUCCCAUGAUACUGAGCUGUGAUUUCCUCAGUCUGAAGCCGCAGUGUGACCGACGAGCACUGUCGCUCUUUGUCAAGGUGGAAAAGAACACUGACCAGAUGGUGGACUUUCAUUUCUGUCGGACACUUAUCCGGUCUGACCGUCAGCUGUCCUAUGAAGAAGCCACUAGUAUUCUGAGCACCCGGUGCAGGCAGACUCUCUCUUUCAGCAGCAUGGAAGACUGCAUCAGAACGGCGUGGCACUUCGCACAGGUCCAUUGCCGGUCUCGUUUGCGGGAAGCAUCCACUUACAAACGGCCAGAUGAGAAUAGCUCCCCAGGCAGCGAAAACGCCAAGCGGAUGAUUGAGGAGCUGAUGAUCAUGUAUAAUAGCUUCGUGGCAGAGUACCUAUGCGAACAGAAAGCAUUAAAGCAUCUGGUGCCCGUGAGAUGCCAGGCUCAGCCCAGCCUUCAAAAUACUAUGGCUUUGAGAAAAAAAUUAAGCCACUUAGUACAUCUAUCUACCCACCUCUCUUAUUACCUUCUGGAGGCUCCUGAACCCCAGAAGCAGCUUCCAGGUGUGCAGGUAACCAUGCGGAGUUCAGUGUGGAAACGAAUACAAGAUGCUGCUAAAAAGGAAGACUACGCCACUGUCGCCGACCUCCUCUGUACUGAUGACCUGCACCCGGAGCUAUGCUAUGCGACCAUUGCGUUCCGGAAACAUCUAGGCCGUGUGUCCAUACGACGCUGUGGCACCUCAGGCCCCAGCGGGCAUUUCUCUCUUAAUUUGUCAUCUUACACAUGGGCCUCCUCGCCUAUCCGAAGAUACCUGGAUAUUGUGAUUCAAAGGCUUCUCCUCUGCACCCUCGCCGGCACCCGUCCUCAGAUAUCUGCUUCGGACGUAGAAUUGCUGUGCCACAAUUUUGACCGGAGGGUUAAGCAGGAGGCAUCCUAUAAGAAACAAAGUCUUGCCAUGCAGCUGGCACUGGCCUUCCGCACGGAGGUUCAGCAGAAGAUGGCAGUGGUGGUCUCCGUUGAGUCCAAUAACAAGGAAUUUAAGGUGGUCUUUCCGCUGAAUGGCGACUCUUUGUCCGAUUUGUUGUCCAUUGACUAUAACAUGCUUCAGCCCACCCAGCAACCAGAGGGAAUUGUGGGGGGGACCUGCCUGUUGUGGAGACGCAGGGUGUAUUCUUACCAUAGGUUUAGGGAACUGCCUCUCAGAAACAAUUCCCAGAGAGACGUCACUGUUUUCGGAGCCACUGCCUGGCGUGGCGCCAUAACAGCAGUGAAUGAGGGUAGCCCGGAAAAGGCGCUAAGCCUUCUGAAAAAGGGCAUGAAGACCCCGGUCUCCACCAACCACGUGAAGAGGAGCAAAUGUGGCCACUAUGUGGAAAUGACCCUUGACCUACGCCCCGGUGUUGCCCUGCUUGUCCAGCUCUGUGCAACCAUCCAGCGUGGCAUACCCACACCAAGCCCCCAGCUAUGCUCCCCAUGCCCUUACAUCCAGUUGUGUCUGGAGCACACGCUUCAGCCCGUGGAUUGCUUCUCGAAGCAGGCACAUCGUGCUCCUCUCAAACAUUACAAGAGCCCCGGGGAAUAUCAACAAGUGUGGCAGCCACUGUGCGCCUUGGAAGCCGUAUCAUCGGCUAUCAGCGAGAGCGGUGGAAUAUUGCUUCGAGAUGUGCCUGUGAAGUGGAAGAAAGAAGGAACGAACAUAGAAGCGGUGGGGUUAAAAGGCUCUUUCAAAGUAUCUGCUGAUCUUAUAAAAGAGUGUGACCUCGAUUUAGAUUUCCAUCACUGUUAUCUAUGCGUGAGGCUGGAGAAUCUCCCCGCCAGCCACUCAGCCACUCUACUGGAUCCACAGACCUUCACCUGGGUGGCCCACGGCUUGACAGACACCAAGACUGACAAGCAAGAAGAGGGAUGGAAAGUAAAGUUCUACAUCCACCAGUCCACCAUGUGCCACGUCCCUGAAGCCGCAUUUCGAAGCACAGCCCAAUUUACCUUGGAGAUUAUCCCCAAGCUGCUGCCUGACAUACGUAAGGAAGGAGCUGUGAACGAUCUGAGAAACGCGUCUGAACUGGUCAAGAGCAUCGCGUUAGGAAAGCAGGUCCCUGAUCUAGAAUUAAACAGCAAGUUGAAAUCUCAGAAGACUUUCAAUAUCGCAGAGUUCCCCAAAGGUCUGAAUACGAGCCAGACGUCGGCGGUGAGGAGAGCCCUGACCAAGCCGUUCACCCUCAUCCAGGGACCCCCAGGCACUGGAAAGACCAUGGUUGGAGCUCACUUGGCUUAUUGGUUCCAUCAUAUAAAUAAGAUUCUAGAGUCCCAGAUGUUGGAUGAAAAAGAAAAAAAGGAAGAGGAGGACCAGACAGAGAAAGAGCCAGGCAGACGCGUCCUCAUGUACUGUGGCCCUUCCAACAAAUCUGUGGAUGUGGUGGCUGAGAUGUUGCUUAGAACUCGGCUGCGUCCUCUGCGCGUGUACAGCGAACAGAUGGAGCUGAUGGAGUUUCCCAAUCCAGAUAGCAAACAUCGAGUGUCCGGACACCAGAGGGAUGGCAGACCCGAUCCAACACUCAGAGCCAUUACGCUCCAUCACCGAAUCCGCCAGCAAACAAACAAAUUUCACCAGCCGAUCCUGGAGAUGGACAGACGGAUCCAGAAUGGAGAUCAAUUCACAGCGGACGAAAUAACAGAGUAUAAGAAGAUCCUGGAUGAUGCCAGAAAGCAGGAGCUUGCCAGCCAUGACAUAAUCCUGUGCACCUGCCUCACCUCCGCCAGUAGGUUACUGAGGAAGCUGCCCGUGACGCAGAUUGUGGUGGACGAGUGCGCAAUGUGCACGGAGCCAGAGGUCCUUGUACCGCUGGUCAGCCACGUGCAAGCGGAAUCGGUGGUCUUGAUUGGUGAUCACAUGCAGCUGCGGCCAGUGGUUAAGAACGACUUAUGCCUCUCUCUUAACAUGGGCCGAUCUUUGUUUGAGAGAUACCAGUCCGAGGCGCUGCUGCUGAACAUACAAUAUCGGAUGCACAGAGAUAUCUGCGCUUUUCCAUCCAAGGAGUUUUACGAGGGCCGUCUGGGUACCAGCAAUGAGCUCCGCAGCAAACCCAGCUUGUUCUACCACCGCCAUAAGCCUUCUUGCCCUGUGGUGUUUGGGCAGGUGGACGGGGAGGAACAAAGUCUUGCUGUGACAGGCGAGGAGGGCAACUAUAACUCCAAGGCCAACAGAGAAGAAGCAAAGCAAGCAGUGCGUUUAGUUAAAGGUUUACUACAGGCCGCAGUGAGGCAGGAAGACAUUGCCAUCCUGACACCGUACAACGCACAGGUAUCGGAGAUAAACAAAAUGCUGCAGGAAUCCCGUCUGAGCAGAGUCACUGUCUGCACCAUAAUGAAGAGCCAGGGGAGCGAGUGGCGGUACGUGAUAUUCUCCACCGUGCGCACUGUACCCCGGAAGGACGUGGAAAGUCGCCCAACACUGGGUUGGACACGUAAACACCUUGGGUUCCUGGCAGACCCAAACCAGAUCAAUGUGGCCCUCACCCGGUCGAAGGAAGGGCUAUGUGUUCUAGGGAACUCAAUUCUUCUGCAGUGCUGCCCACUCUGGCGUAGACUCCUCAAGCACUACGGAGCGCAGAAAGCUGAUGUGCAUUCCACAGAGAUUAAGGUCGCAAGGAUGUAGCACGCUGCAACUGGUAUAAGGGGUGCAAUCCACUGAAACCGGUCUGCAGGGGCGGUACAUUCCACUGAAACCGGUCAGCAGGGGUGGGACAUUCCACUGAAAUAAUUCUGCAGGGUUGGGACAUUCCACUGCAGCUGGUCUGUGCGUGUGUGGUAAUCCCCAAUCAGUCUGGAGGGGUGGGACAUUCCACUGCAAUAAGUCUGCAGGGGUGAGACAUUACACUAAUUGGUGAGCAGGGGAAAGAUAUCCUGGAGUACUUUAUAAACCCCUCUGGACACCAUGAUACCUCCGCGAUAUAUGUGAAAUGUCACAGCGUUAGCGUAUCAGCUCCCUGUGUUAGACCAUACAGAAUGAACUAUGUUCUGCCUUUAGGUG